AUGGACAAUAGAAGGGUGCAUGUCCCUCUUGUGGUAGAUCCAACAGCUGCGUCAGACAGGUCAAAAAUACUUGUUCCUUCAUUUUCAUCUGUGCAAGAUAGACCAACUAUUGCACCGGCUGCAGCUCCACUUGGCAGAUGUGCAGUUUUUAGUGAAUAUAUUUUAAGCCCUCUUGACUACCCCGAACCAACAUUUUUUGGUACUCCAAAGCCACUCCCUCCAAUUGGUAAACCUAGCUAUGUUGCCUCGUCUGCAACUGUACCUUCAACACGCUCGUUCCGCCGACCAAUAAGCAAACAAGAUUCGUUUGCUGCUCAAAUGGUUCAAACCCCACCUACUUCUAGUAUUCAGUCCACCAAAUCAACAGCCAUCCCACAUACUCAAAUUAAUUAUCGUAAAGCACUAGAACCAAAGGUUAUGCUACCAUUUGUGUCUCGUCCUGGUCAGACUCCUCGGAAAAUUGAAAUUGAGCGACGUAAAAGAAUGUAUUCUUCACAUCGCCUUGAUUUGCUUAUUAUCGAUGGGUUGGAUCGACUUAAAGCGUCUGGAGCAAUUGGUGCUAAUCCAUUGACCGAUUUUACUGACAAGACUGAUAAAAAAAUACCUUUGAAUCUUCAAAACACUGCUUUACCACAAUCUGAUCAACACAUGAAUAGCAUUGAAGACUUGGAAAAACAAAAUGACGAUGAUACACCUGUAAAGAAUUCAAACGCAAACCAUGAAGCCAGUCAUCUUUCUACUGACUUUGGAUUAGCAACACCACAGAAAAAAAGCUUAACUACUACAGAUUUUGCAAACCUACUUCCUCUAAGUAUUUUCGAUAAUACCGAGUUUGAAACGCGUACUGUCAAUGAUUGGCUUGAUAUGUCGGUUGUUCCUGACGACCCCACACCUGAAGCAUUGAAAAAAUUGGCGUCGCUUCCAUUGUCUUGUGGAUUGACUUGCCCUAAUGCUCCUGAUAUUCGAUACGCAGUUAUUCCUAUUCCAGCACGCGGCUUCAAUGGCUGCGAGUGGAUGGAUUGCAUUGCCGUCGCAUAUGAUCAACUCUGUAAUAAAUGGAAAAUAAAGUGGCGCUCAUUUGAUGGCUGGACUCUUGAUUGCAAAACCGAUGAUGACUUUAAUGCCUCGUUAAAUCCAGACGACGAAGCUUUGCGUGAGGAUUUUAGUCAAGAAAUGGGUAACCCUCGGAUGACGACCGAUAAAGAAGCUUGGAUUGAUAGAAUCAAUCUUAUGUUUCUUGCUGAAAAUCCUGAACAGUUUGCACAACGAGUCAUUUUUGCAUACUAUGAGCGAUAUCAAGCUGCAUUAAAACUUCGAUUGAGUUUAUAUAUAGAUUGCAUGCCGAUUGGAGAAGAUAUUUCUCAAAUUUCGUCUGAGCAGAUUAAGAGAAUUAUGGAAAAGGCUGGGAUCGAAACCAAGACAUUUAAGAAAUUACGCGGAACUCCUGCAGUCGAUGAACUUGUUGCUGAAUAUUCGUUAGACUAUGCUCGUACAAUGAACAGUUUAGUAUUUCAAAAAGAGGUAUCAACACCAAUGGGUCGUUUCAAUUAUCCAUCAAUAGAGUUGCCAAUUCUUGAACCAGAGCACGCAAUUCAAGAAUUUGGAAAGAUACCGUUGCCCAUGUUUGAUUUUGUUGCAAGCAAAAAGUCAUUUGAAUUUGCAUCGUUCCUCACCAAAGUUGAAGUAAUUCGCACAUUGGCUAAAGUCAGGAUUGAAUGUGAAAAGUUGGCCAAUACCAAUCUGUUUGCUACCAAUAUCACCAAAAUUGUCAAAAUUGACGAGUUUGAGCAGCUUCAAUCACAAGCUCUUCAAAAUGUUCGAGGAACACUCAAAGAUGGGUGGAUAAAUGUUCUUAAAAAUAUCAUCAAGACUGGAUUUAAAGAUGUGGGCAAGGGAUGGUACAAUAUGCAAGAAUCGAACAUGGAAGUAUACAAAAUCAGCAAACUAUUCAAGGUUAUGACUGCAAUCAAUUUUAUAAUGCAAGACUCGCUAAGAUUUCUGGUACUCAACUCUUUGCAAGAGUAUACCAAACUCAUCAAAAGUAUUACUUUGCAAACUGUAACGAUUAAUUCUAUAAGCGAUGUUCGAGUCAUUGAUUCAAACGGAAAGGAGCCUCGCAAGCCAUUAUUUAUGCUUGACCUGCUAUUUAAAGCUGGUCGUUUGCAGUAUAACACAGAUUUUCGUGCUUUUGAAUCGUCGCUUAUGGCUAUUUUUGAAAAAGCAAUCAAUACACCCGAAAACCUUCCACAACUUGAACCACUUGUGUUGGAUCAAAUGUUUUGGGCAUCCAAGCCCACUCUUCAAACGGUUCACCACAAAGAACCUGCUAUAAACAAACUACGCGCUUGCUUGCUACAGGCCAUUCGAAAGGGACUUGCACCACUGGAUACUUAUAUUUCCCAGUAUGAAAAACAUACAAAAUUACUUAAUCUUGAUAUAGCACAAUUUGCAAUUCAGUACGAAAGCGAGAAUCGCACAGUUGCAGAAAUGGAACAAGACAUUGCCAAAUACACUUCAGAGUGGGAAGCAUUGGAUAAAGAUAUUCCCAAUCACAUUAUUAUUGGAUUAUUUUGGAUCAAUUGUGAAAGUCUUCGUUCUGCUAUGCGUAAAGAUCUUAGUAAAGUCAUUUUGGAGCUUCUCAGUAAGCGAACAGCAAAGCUUGCAGUAUCUAUUUCUCAAACGUUUGUACAGAUCCAAACUCGACUCAAAGAACGCCCAACCAAAAUUGAAGAGCUGAUUGGACUGCGAGAUUAUAUCAAAACUGUAGCCGAAUCAAGUCGCCAGCAAAAUCUUCGUAUUCAAGAAAUGCUGCACAACUAUGAGGUUCUUGAAAAGCAUCGAUUUGAGUGUAGCAAUGAAGAUAUGCGUGCUCGUUGGAAUGCGUUUGGCUGGUCUCAACGAAUUGAUGAAUUGAUGGCUGCUACAGAACUAGCUCUUACAGCUGAUGAAGCAACGUUUUCUCGAAACCUGUCUACCGAUCAAGAAGUUUUCAAAGAUCGCAUCUACACUCUUACAACCAUCAUUGCUGAAUUCAGUAAACACUCUGAUCUGUCACGUAUUACCGAGAUUGUUGCUGAUGUUAAUAGAAUAUCUACCGAACUUAAAGAAGCUCAGUCUCUUGCAACUUUGUUUAAUAGUCGCGAACGGCUGUUCAAUCAAGAACCAACCAAGUAUGAUGAAGUGGCCCAGUUAAUACGCGAGUUUGAGCCGUACAAGAAUUUGUGGCUCACUUGUCACGACUGGACUCGCUGGAAAGAUCAAUGGAUGCUGGGUGGGUUUCUUGAGCUCAAUGCUGAAGAAGUAGAAAAAAAUUUAAUGAAUGCUUGGCGCACUAUUUUCAAAAGCUUCAAGCACUUUAAAAAUAGUCCUGGCUGCCUUGCUGUAGCUGGUCAAAUCAAGGAAGAGGUCGAAGAGUUCAAACCAUAUCUACCACUUAUUCAAGCACUUCGAAAUCCUGGGAUGCGAGAUCGCCAUUGGGAUCGAUUGAGCGAAGAACUCAACAUGAAUCUGCAUCCUGAUGCGUCAUUUACGCUUACUAAUUUACUGAAUAUGAAACUUUUGGAUCGUGUCGACCUCAUCUCCAAAGUAUGCGAUGUUGCUGGAAAAGAGUACUCUAUUGAAAAUGCUCUUGAAAAAAUGGAUACCGAAUGGAAAUCAACCAUGCUUGAGAUUCUUCCCUACAAGGACACUGGCACUUUUAUUAUGAAAACAUCAGAGGAAGUCACACGAUUGCUAGAUGACCAUAUUGUCAUGACUCAAGGCAUGAGUUUUUCCCCAUACAAAAAGCCAUUUUCGGAAAAAAUCAGUUUUUGGGAAAACAAAUUGCGCACAGUCCAAGAAGUUUUGGAUGCAUGGAUGGCAUGCCAACGCUCUUGGCUUUAUCUAGAGCCCAUUUUUGGUAGCGACGAUAUUGUUACCCAACUUCCAGUCGAGUCUAAGCGAUUUACCACCAUGGAUCGCACUUGGCGCCGAAUCAUGAGCCAGGCAAAACAAAAACCAGGUGUCAUUGACUGCUGCAGUGACUACAAAUUACUGGACUCGUUUCGCGAAUGCAACAAGCUGCUUGAAUUAGUUUCCAAGGGACUUUCUGCAUAUCUAGAGGGAAAACGUAUUUCGUUUCCAAGAUUCUUCUUUCUCAGUGACGAUGAACUGCUUCAAAUUCUAUCACAAACCAAAGAUCCAACUGCAGUUCAGCCCCAUCUUCGUAAAUGCUUUGAAAAUGUGGCCUCACUUGAAUUUGCGCCAGAUCGAAAAAUCUUGGCCAUGUAUUCAGCCGAGGGUGAGAAAAUUGAUUUUGAAGAGCCAUUUUAUCCAAAAGGACCAGUUGAAGAAUGGUUGCUUCGUGUGGAAGAUCAAAUGCGUCAAAGUGUAAAAAAGGUGAUUCGAGAUGCUAUUGGAACAUAUUCAACACAGACGCGGGCUUCUUGGGUUCUCAACUGGCCAGGACAAGCUGUUUUGGCAGGAUCACAAACCUUUUGGACUACAGAAGUCACAGAAGCCCUCAAGUCUGGAGUUUCUGGACUCAAGGCGCUUUAUGCCAAGCUUUUAUCACAGCUUCAGGGUUUGGUUACAUUGGUACGGGGAGAGCUUCCCUUUCUCAAUCGUCUUGUUCUUGGAGAUCUUAUUGUGAUUGACGUUCACAGUCGCGACGUUGUUAAAAAACUAGUGGACUCGAACAUAUCCAAUGCCAAUGAUUUUGAGUGGAUUAGUCAGUUGCGAUACUAUUGGGAGCAAGACGAAUUAAGAAUCAAGAUUGUGAAUGCAAAUUUCAAGUAUGGUUAUGAGUACCUUGGCAACACUGGCAGACUGGUUAUUACCCCAUUGACUGACCGCUGCUACCUGACUCUCACUGGAGCAAUGCAUCUUGGAAUGGGAGGUGCUCCCGCUGGUCCUGCUGGUACCGGAAAAACUGAAACUGUCAAAGAUCUGGCCAAGGCACUUGCAAAACAGUGUGUUGUGUUUAAUUGUUCCGAUCAACUGGACUAUCUUGCAAUGGCCAAGUUUUUCAAGGGAUUGGCAGCCAGUGGAGCAUGGGCUUGUUUUGAUGAAUUCAAUCGUAUUGAUAUUGAAGUAUUAUCAGUUAUUGCUCAGCAAAUCACUACAAUCCAAAAGGCGUGUGUUGCUGGUCAGACUCGGUUUAUGUUUGAAGGCGUUGAUUUGCCUCUGAAUGCAAGCAAUGCCAUUUUUAUCACAAUGAAUCCAGGCUAUGCCGGUCGUACUGAGUUGCCAGACAAUUUGAAAGCUCUGUUCCGCCCAGUAGCCAUGAUGAUUCCCAACUAUGCCAUGAUUGGUGAGAUUUCCUUAUUUUCGUUUGGAUUCUCCAAUGCCAAAGUACUUGCUGAAAAAAUGGUAGUGACAUUCAAGCUCAGUUCUGAACAAUUGUCAUCACAAGACCAUUACGACUUUGGUAUGCGCGCUGUUAAAACAGUUAUUUCGUCGGCUGGAAAUCUCAAGCGCGAACAACCAACUGCCGGCGAGGAUCUCAUUCUGUUGCGCGCUUUAUGUGAUUGCAAUCUUCCUAAAUUUCUAGCAGACGAUGUUCCAUUAUUUAAUGGCAUCAUUAGCGAUCUUUUCCCUGGCAUUGAACAAUCAAGAAUCGACUAUGACAAGCUUCUCGGUUCACUUUAUCGUUCUUGUGAAAAAUUGGGUCUUCAACCCCAAGAAGUGUUUAUUCGCAAGUGUAUUCAGCUAUAUGAGACCACUGUUGUGCGACACGGACUUAUGCUUGUAGGACCAACAGGCGGCGGUAAAACCUCGUGUCUUCGCGUUUUGUCUCGCAGUCUGUCUGCUCUUGAAGGAGAUAUUGCUCCAAAUGGAACUACGUUUCAAAAGGUCAAAGUAAAUACCCUCAAUCCUAAAUCAAUCACAAUGGGACAGUUAUAUGGAGAAUUUGACCAACAAACACACGAAUGGAGCGAUGGAAUCCUAUCUUGUUUAAUGAGAGAAGGUGUUGAGGACACAUCAUUGGAUAAAAAGUGGUAUGUGUUUGACGGUCCAGUCGAUGCAGUUUGGGUUGAAUCCAUGAACACACUACUCGACGAUAACAAGAAGCUAUGCUUAUCAAGCGGAGAGAUUAUUAAAAUGUCGCCUUCACAAACCAUGAUGUUUGAAGUUCAAGACCUUGCAUUUGCAUCCCCUGCCACAGUUUCUCGUUGUGGAAUGAUAUAUAUGGAACCCGAUGCGCUUGGUAUCUUGCCACUAUGUGUGAGUUGGUUCAAGCUACAACAUACUACUUUGGGUGAAAAUUUAGCUUCCGUGCUUCGCGAACAGCUCGAGCCUAUUUUGGAACAUUAUCUAAAUGCCAGCCUUGAUUUUGUUCGAAAAUCAGUUAAAGAAGCUGUACCAACUACAAAUGGAGGAUUGGUGGCCAGUCUUUUGCGCAUUCUAGACUCUCUGUUUAAACCACUUGCCAACCCAGUUGGCGACAAGCAACCAAUCCAGUCCCUAGAGUUCAAAAAAGUUAUUGGGCCAUUAUUUAUUUUUGCAUUGGUUUGGUCUGUUGGUGCGACUGGCGAUACAGAAGGUCGAAAAAAGUUUGAUUCAUGGUUGCGUGGACAGCUGGUAUCUCACUCAUGCUCAACCGUUAUUCCAGACAGUGGUUUGGUGUAUGAUUUUACGUUUAAUAUUGAAAAACUAGAGUGGAUAAACUGGAUGCAUCUUCUUGAAUCGGAUAACGAAGAUCAAGCUUUUAAAUCGGGUAAAUCUGACAUGAUUGUCCAGACAAUGGAUACUGUGCGAAACAGUUUUCUUAUCGAUAUUCUUGUAAAAAACGACUACCACGUGCUAUGUACCGGACCUACUGGUACUGGAAAAAGCAUCACAAUUCAGCAGAAGCUCAUGAAAGGACUUGAUGUCAAUUGGACUCCGUUGAUCAUCAACUUUUCUGCAAGAACAAGUGCAAACCAGACACAGGAUCUUAUUGAUAGUAAACUAGAGAAGCGUCGCAAGGGUGUGUUUGGUCCGCCUGUAGGAAAAAAGUUUAUUAUUUUCAUCGACGAUCUCAAUAUGCCUCAGCUUGACAUUUGCAAUGCCCAGCCACCAAUUGAACUGCUUCGUCAAUGGAUGGAUUGUCAGGGAUGGUAUGAUCGUAAAAAUAUUGGCAAAUUUAUGGAAAUUGUCGACAUUUCCUUUAUUUGUGCCAUGGGUCCUCCUGGAGGUGGUCGCAACCCAACCACAAGCCGGUUUUUAAGACAUUUCAACUUGAUUGGUUUCGUUGAAAUGGAAAAUACUUCUUUAAAACGUAUUUUUACCACGAUUCUUGGUGGAUUUCUUAGCAAAUUUCCUCCAGAAAUUACAAAGAGCACCGAUUCGCUUGUGGAUGCGUCUAUCGCCAUUUACAACACCAUUAGAUCUGAGCUAUUGCCCACUCCAACCAAAUCACAUUAUACGUUUAAUUUACGUGAUUUGGCAAAGGUGAUACAAGGCGUUCUCAGUGCUGAUCUCAAGACUGUCAAUGUCGAAACAGAUAUUGUUCGACUGUGGAUUCAUGAAUGCCAACGUGUAUUCCAAGAUAGACUUGUAGAUAACGUCGACAAAAAUUGGUUCAAAACUCUCAUGAUGAAUACAAUGAACGAUAAACUGGAUUUGUCGUGGAGCGAGGUCGUUAUUAGUGAGCCACUCCUUUAUGGCGAUUAUAUGACUCCUGGAGCAGAUCCAAAGAUUUACACUGAAGAUUUACGUCGACUGGUAAAGCUGGCAGAAGAGUACCUUGAUGACUACAAUGGAUCAUCUACCAGUCCAAUGAAACUAGUCAUGUUUUUGGAUGCAAUUGAGCACGUAAGUCGUAUUUGCCGUAUAAUUCGCCAGCCAGGAGGACAUGCACUUUUGCUUGGUGUAGGCGGAAGUGGUCGUCAAAGCUUGAGUAGAUUAGCAACAUUUAUGGAAGAGUUUGAGCAAUUUCAGAUUGAAAUUUCAAAAAAUUAUGGUCAAACGGAAUGGCGAGAUGAUCUAAAAAAGGUUUUAUUUGCCGCUGGUCUGGAAGGAAAACCUACAGUAUUUUUGUAUACCGACACGCAAAUUGUAUCAGAGAGCAAUCUUGAGGAUAUCAACAAUAUACUCAAUGGUGGUGAUGUACCCAAUAUUUACACGAGUGAAGAAAUGGAUCGUAUUCUGAAUGGAGUUCGCCCAAUUGCUGCCGAGCAGGCAAUUCCAAGCACCCGAGAAAACCUAUUUGCUUUGUAUAUACAACGGAUUCGCACCAAUCUUCAUUUGAUUGUUUGUAUGAGCCCAAUUGGCGAUCCAUUUAGAAACCGACUUCGCAUGUUUCCAAGUUUGGUUAAUUGCUGCACAAUUGAUUGGUUUUCCACCUGGCCAGAAGAUGCUCUGCGUAGUGUUGCUGCCAAUUCUAUAUCUGAAAUAAGUGAUUUGGGAUCAGAGCAUGUUAUUGAUGGAAUUGUAAACCUUUGUGUGUUUAUGCACGAAUCCGUUCGCGAAAGAUGCAUUACCUAUCGGUCAGAGUUGAGCAGAAACAAUUAUGUCACUCCAAAAUCGUAUCUUGAGCUGCUUGGUUUAUACAAACGAUUGCUAGAAAAGAAACGCAAUGAACUGAUUUCUCUUCGCAAACGCACAGCUACAGGUUUGGAAAAACUGCUUAAUGCUACAAAAGAAGUAGAGAUUUUACAGGAAGAACUCGAAGCCAUGCAACCCAUGUUAAUGCAGACCAGUCAAGAAACAGAGUAUGCCAUGAAAAAAAUUGCUGUGGACAAAAUCAAGGCCGAGGAAAUCAAAGAGAAUGUCAUCAAGGAAGAGCUGGCAUCCAGUAAAAAGGCUGAGGAAACCAAGGCUAUUGCUGAAGAUGCUAAGCGCGAUUUGGAUGAAGCACUUCCAGCCCUUGAUGCUGCUGUUGAAUCUCUCAACUCUCUUUCCAAAAACGACAUUAUUGAAGUUCGAUCUAUGCAAAGACCCCCCGAAGGCGUUAAACUUGUGAUUGAAGCUAUUUGCAUCAUGAAGGGUAUCAAGCCUAAAAAAAUUGAUGGAGACAAGCCAGGAAAAAAGAUUGACGAUUACUGGGAACCAGGUCGUGCAUUACUAGCUGACCCUCAACGCUUCUUGGAUAGUCUAAUGAAUUUUGACAAGGAAAAUAUUGCAGAAGCCACGGUUCAAAAAAUUAAGCCAUACAUUGACUCGCCUGAAUUUCAGGUCAGCGUCAUUUCACGUGUGUCUCGUGCAGCGACUUCCAUGUGUCAAUGGGUACGUGCAAUGGAAAAAUACUAUUGGGUAUCUCGCUCUGUUGCUCCUAAGCGUGCCCGUUUGCAAGAAGCGCAAGAAUCAUUGGACGCUACGCUCAAGGCUCUUGCCGAGCUCAAGAAAAAGAUGAAGGAGGCUGAAAUGAACAUUAAAGAGAUGGAGAAAAAGUAUGCCGAGUCGGUUGCUAAAAAGGAAGAACUAUCUCGUAAAGUAGAAGAAUGCAAUGUCAAAUUGUCUCGAGCUGGAAAGUUGAUUUCUGGCCUGAGUGGUGAAAAACAGCGAUGGGCACUUGCAGUUGACCAGUUUGACAUGAAGAUUGGAAACAUUAUUGGCGAUAUUUUACUUGCGAGUGGAGCUAUUGCCUAUCUUGGUCCAUUUACUGCAGAAUAUCGUAGCUUGCUGAUGCGUGAGUGGAUUGGCAGUGUGCUUCAGCUGAAGAUCCCUCAUUCUGAAAAUACCUCACUUUGGGAUGCGCUUGGUGACAACGUCAAACUUCGAGAAUGGGAGUUGUUUGGUCUACCAAAAGACUCGCUUAGUAGAGACAAUGCUAUUAUUGUACAAAACUCACGUCGCUGGCCUUUGCUGAUCGACCCACAAGGACAGGCAAACAAAUGGAUCCGAAAUAUGGAGCGUGAACAUAGUUUGGAUAUCGUCAAAUUGACCGACCGCGACUUUUUGCGCACUCUUGAAAAUGCCAUUCGGUUUGGAAAAUCGGUUCUUCUUGAAAACGUUGGAGAAAAGCUUGAUCCAGCACUUGAGCCUAUACUAAUGCGUCAGACUUUUAAACAGGGAGGAAGCACAGUGAUCAAGGUUGGCGAUAGUAUUCUUCCAUAUCACGACGAUUUCAAGUUUUACAUUACUACUAAGCUUCCAAAUCCACACUACUCUCCAGAAACCAGUGCCACUGCAACACUUGUCAACUUUACUCUAGCUCCAAGCGGACUGGAAGAUCAGUUGCUAGCAAUUGUCGUGGCAAAUGAACGACCCGAUCUUGAGGAAGCUAAAAACCAACUCACUAUUAAUAAUGCACAGAUGAAACGAGAGUUAAAGGAGAUUGAAGACAAGAUUCUAUAUCUUUUAUCCUCGGUUCAAGGAAGCCCGGUUGAUGAUGAGCGUUUGAUUGAAACUCUUGGUGCUUCAAAAGAAACGUCUGAAGAAAUUCAGCAAAAAGUAGCAGCCGCUGAGCAGACUGAAAGGGAAAUCGACACAACGCGAAACAAGUAUGUGCCUGUAGCAGUCCGCACACGCAUUUUAUUCUUUUGCAUCACUGAGCUGGCAAGCAUUGAUCCCAUGUAUCAAUACUCUUUGAAUUGGUUUAUGAACCUAUUUACUUCAGCCAUCAGUCAUUCAGAAAAAUCAGAUGAUAUUGAGCAGCGUGUUUUCAACAUCAACGACUACUUUACAUUUUCGCUUUUUACCAAUGUGUGCAGAUCCUUGUUUGAGAAACACAAGCUGCUUUUUUCGUUUUUGCUGACAAUUCGGAUUCUUAUGAACGAUAACAAAAUUGAUAUGGAUGAAUGGCGAUUUCUUCUUACUGGCAGUGCCGCUCACGAUAAAACUCUGCAAAAUCCAGCACCCGAUUGGUUAUCUGUGCAAAGUUGGAAUGCAAUUAUGGGGCUAUCAACACUUGCCUUUUUUACUGAUUUUGAUACUGGAUUUACAGAAUCGAUUGAUCAUUACAUGGCUAUAUUCGAUAGUUCUACGCCUCAUCGUGAGCCAUUGCCAGGAAUCUGGCAAGAUAAACUUGAUGGAUUCCAAAAAUUGCUGCUGCUGCGUUGCUUGCGCGCUGAUUGUGUAACUUCUGGCAUUCAAGAUUUUGUUGCAGCGCAGUUAGGGGAGCGUUUUAUUGAGCCACAGACAUCUGAUCUUUCAGCGCUGUUUAAGGAAUCAACUCCACUUACACCUCUUAUUUUUGUGCUUUCACCAGGAGCAGAUCCUGCAAAUUCGCUUUACAAGUUUGCUGAAGAAAUGCGCAUGUCUAAGAAAUUGACCUCUGUGUCUUUAGGUCAAGGGCAGGGUCCGCGUGCAGAAGCAUUGAUGAAGGAGGGUAUGGAGCGUGGACUAUGGAUUCUACUUCAAAAUUGUCAUUUGUCACCAUCGUGGAUGCCCAGUUUAGACCGCGUUAUUGACAGCAUUACAAUGGACAAGGUGCACCGAGAUUUCCGUCUUUGGUUGACAUCAAUGCCAACACCUAAAUUUCCAGUUACAAUCCUUCAAAAUGGUGUAAAAACAACGCUUGAACCUCCAAACGGUAUCAAAGCCAAUCUUAUGCGCAACUAUAGCACCUUUAACGAUGAAAUGCUGAAUCAAUGCCAAAAACCAGUCGAGUGGAAAAAACUUUUGUUUUCACUGUGCUUUUUCCAUGCUGUUAUUCAGGAGCGUCGUAAAUUUGGUGCGCUUGGAUGGAACAUUCCCUACGAGUUCACAGACGGAGAUUUGCGUAUUUGCAUUCGGCAGCUUAAGAUGUUCUUGGAGGAAUAUGAGGAGAUUCCGUUCAAGGUACUGAAAUACACUGUUGGUGAGAUCAACUAUGGUGGACGUGUGACUGAUGAUUGGGAUCGGCGGUUGAUUAUGGGAAUUUUGGAAGACUACUACACACCCAAAGUUCUUGAAGACACAUAUUUAUUUUCCAGUAGCGUCGUAUAUAAGUCGAUUCCAGCGGACUCGUACAAUUCUUACAAGGCAUACAUUAAAUCAUUGCCAAUUGACGAAACCACCGAGAUUUUUGCAAUGCACAACAAUGCCAACAUCACCUUUGCACAAAAAAAGACAUAUGAUUUGUUUGAAUCGCUACUCACGUUGAUGCCAAAAAGCAGUAAGAGUUCAUCGGGAAAAACACGAGAUGAACAGCUAUCAGAUAUUGCUGCAAUGAUUCAGCAAAAAAUCCCCAAGCCAUUUUCCAUGGACUAUGUGACCAAAAAAUAUCCCAUCGAGUACAAGGAAAGCAUGUCGACAGUGCUUGUACAAGAGGUGAUUCGAUACAACAGACUACUGUCAACCAUUCAUUCAACCACUAUUGAAAUGAUCAAAGCACUCAAGGGUCUUGUUGUGCUUUCCGAGUCUUUGGAAACAAUGUGCAAUAGCAUGUACAUCAACCAAGUGCCUGAAAUCUGGGCAGCCAAGGCGUAUCCAUCACUAAAAUCGCUUGCAUCGUGGGGUGUAGAUUUGACACUCCGAUGCGAGUUUAUUCAAAAGUGGAUUGAUCAGGGCAUUCCAACAGUAUUUUGGAUUAGUGGGUUUUUCUUUCCACAGGCAUUCCUUACAGGAACUCUACAAAACUACGCUCGUAAAUAUGUAGUAUCGAUUGAUUUACUUGGAUUUGAAUUUAAAGUCAUGGAUACCAAAUGGGACGAGUUCCGAAGUAAACCAAGCGAUGGAUGCUAUAUUCGAGGACUAUUUCUUGAAGGUGCUCGAUGGGAUCCAGUACAAAGAUGUUUGACUGAAAGUCGACCCAAAGAAUUAUAUACAGAAAUGAGUGUAUUAUGGCUUCUUCCCAAACCCAAUCGAAAGAAACCCGAAUCUGGAAUCUACAACUGUCCGGUAUACAAGACAUUAACACGAGCGGGUACUCUUUCUACAACCGGCCACUCCACAAACUACGUACUGACCAUUGAACUUCCAUCGAAUCUUCCUCAAUUACAUUGGAUCAAACGAGGAGUUUCGUUGAUUACAAGUCUUGCUUGGUAGAACCGUCACUGCGACAAUAAUCAUCAAACAAACACUGCAAACGUACAAGGAUAUUUAAAUACCAAAAUAAAAAGAAUGAUAAAGGUUC